GGUCCGCGCCAGCUCUCAAUGGCUUUCGGGGCUUGUUUUAUUUGAAUAUCUGGACUUUAUUUAAAAAAAAUAAAAAUAAAAAAUUCGCCCUGAAAACCAAUAAUGGAUAUCCUAUGGAUUUUAUGGAUACUACCCACAGCACUGGCUCUUGAAGAAACUUUAAUGGAUUCCACUACAGCAACAGCUGAGCUGGGAUGGACUGUAUUUCCUGUAUCGGGCACCAGUGAGAACAGUUGGGAAGAGGUGAGCGGGUACGAUGAGAACAUGAACACUAUUCGCACCUACCAAGUGUGCAAUGUCUUUGAUGCCAACCAGAAUAACUGGGUCCGCACCAAGUACAUCCACCGGCGAGGAGCUCAGCGCAUCCAUGUGGAGAUGAAGUUCUCAGUACGAGACUGUAGCAGCAUCCCCCGGGUACCAGGCUCCUGCAAGGAGACCUUCAACCUGUACUACUAUGAAUCGGAUGGUGACACGGCCACGAAAGUGCACCCUCCAUGGAUGGAGAACCCGUGGAUCAAGGUGGACACCAUCGCUGCUGACGAAAGCUUCUCGCAGGUGGACUUGGGCGGACGCGUGAUGAAGAUCAACACAGAGGUGCGCAGCUUCGGGCCUGUCUCACGUAACGGUUUCUACUUGGCCUUUCAGGAUUACGGUGGCUGCAUGUCGCUCAUUGCCGUCCGCGUUUUCUACCGUAAAUGCCCACGGGCCAUCAGGAAUGGUGCCAUUUUUCAAGAGACGCUUUCCGGGGCUGAAAGUACCUCCUUGGUAGCAGCGAGGGGAGUGUGCAUCCCAAAUGCAGAGGAAGUUGAUGUACCUAUCAAACUCUACUGUAAUGGAGAUGGCGAGUGGAUGGUGCCCAUCGGUCGGUGCAUGUGUAAGGCUGGUCAUGAACCUGUGGACAAUGGCACUGUAUGUCGAGCAUGCCAGUCAAGUUUCUUCAAGCCAGCACAGGGCGAUGAGGCGUGUCUGCCAUGUCCCAUCAACAGCCGCACCACCAACAAUGGUGCCACCAACUGCGUGUGCCGCAACAACUACUACCGCACCGACUCGGACCCCAUCCAGAUGCCCUGUACAACUGUACCAUCAGCUCCAAUGAAUGUGAUCUCCAAUGUGAACGAGACGUCACUAAAGCUGGAAUGGAGUCCUCCACGUGAUAGCGGUGGGCGUGGUGAUGUCGUUUACAAUGUGAUCUGUAAGAGCUGCGGUGGCAGAGGCUGUACACGAUGCGGGGACAACGUUCAGUUCACACCACGCCAGCUGGGCCUCACUGACACAUGGGUCUACAUCAGUGACCUGCUAGCUCACACACAGUACACCUUUGAGGUGCAGGCUGUCAAUGGAGUUUCAGAUCAGAGCCCACAUUCGCCCCAAUACGUGUCCGUCAACAUAACAACCAACCAAGCUGCUCCCUCCACAGUUUCUAUAAUGCACCAGGUUAGCCGUACCGUGGAUAGCAUUACUCUGUCCUGGUCACAACCGGAUCAACCCAACGGAGUCAUUCUGGACUACGAGCUGCAGUACUAUGAGAAGGAUCAGACUGAGCAUAACUCCUCUACCGUGAAGAGUCAGACCAACACCGCCAUCAUUCGUGGCCUCAAACCGGGGAGAAUUUACGUGUUCCAAGUGCGAGCACGUACUGUGGCCGGGUUCGGACGCUACAGUGGCAAGAUGUACUUCCAGACCAUGACAGAGGAGGAAUACAACACCAGCAUACAGGAGAAACUGCCUCUCAUCAUCGGUUCAGCAGCUGCUGGGCUCGUCUUCCUCAUCGCUCUGGUGGUCAUCAUCAUUGUGUGUAACCGGCGUGGCUUUGAGAGAGCAGAUUCAGAAUACACAGAUAAGCUGCAGCACUACACCAGCGGCCACAUGUCACCAGGAAUGAAGAUCUACAUUGACCCAUUUACCUAUGAAGAUCCCAACGAGGCAGUAAGAGAGUUUGCCAAAGAGAUUGACAUCUCAUGUGUGAAGAUUGAGCAGGUCAUCGGAGCAGGUGAGUUUGGGGAGGUGUGCAGUGGCAACCUGAAGCUCCCAGGAAAGAGGGAGAUGUUUGUCGCCAUUAAGACGCUAAAAUCAGGCUACACCGAGAAACAGAGGCGGGACUUUCUGAGUGAGGCCAGCAUCAUGGGACAAUUUGACCACCCGAAUGUCAUACAUCUGGAAGGAGUCGUGACCAAAAGCAGCCCUGUGAUGAUCAUCACGGAGUUUAUGGAGAACGGCUCACUGGACUCUUUCCUUAGGCAAAACGAUGGGCAGUUCACCGUGAUUCAACUAGUAGGCAUGCUGCGUGGUAUUGCCUCAGGAAUGAAGUACCUCGCUGAUAUGAAUUACGUGCACCGUGACCUGGCAGCCCGGAACAUCCUGGUUAACAGCAACCUGGUGUGUAAGGUAUCAGACUUUGGGCUCUCACGCUUCCUGGAGGAUGACACAUCUGACCCCACCUACACCAGUGCACUGGGUGGGAAAAUCCCCAUCCGCUGGACUGCACCAGAAGCCAUCCAGUAUAGGAAAUUCACCUCAGCCAGUGACGUAUGGAGUUACGGCAUCGUCAUGUGGGAAGUGAUGUCCUACGGAGAGAGGCCAUACUGGGACAUGACCAAUCAGGAUGUGAUCAACGCUAUUGAGCAGGACUACAGACUGCCUCCGCCUAUGGACUGCCCUAGUGCCCUGCACCAGCUCAUGCUCGAUUGCUGGCAGAAGGACCGCAAUAAUCGUCCCAAAUUCAGCCAGAUUGUUAACAACCUGGACAAGAUGAUCCGUAACCCCAACAUGCUGAAGGCCAUGACACCUCUUUCUUCAGGUGUGCACUUGCCCUUGCUGGACCGCAGCAUGCCUGACUUCUCCAGCUUCAGAACUGUGGAUGACUGGCUGGACGCGAUCAAGAUGGGCCAGUACAAGGACAAUUUCGCCAGUGCUGACUUCACCAGCUUCGAUCUGGUCUCGCAGAUGACAAUGGAAGACAUCCUCAGGGUGGGCGUGACUCUAGCAGGUCACCAAAAGAAGAUCCUCAACAGCGUGCAGAUGAUGAGGGCACAGAUGAACCAGAUCCAGUCGGUGGAGGUUUGACCUCCAGGCCUGAUCCUGCACACGGAGGCAGGAGGGACAAGUGGACAGAUGGAGGUGGAUGUGUACUGAGCCUCAUGUGUUUUCCCUCUAGGCCACCAUUUUUUUUUCCCCAAGGGAAUCUCCUCCGGUCCUCUCUUCCUGACCCUGCCGUCUAAGUUCUCCCCCUUCCCCUACAAACCAGCCUUUAGGGCUCACACUGCAAAAGUGUCGUCCCACAGAUAUCGACAUCGCUCCUACUCCUGUCCCAUCCAUCAGUUGUGACGACUGCCAAAACAUCGCAAGGAGGAAUUUUCACCAACCAAGAGCACGCUCAUCUUCUUGCUCUUACUUCCUUAUGAAUAUUUUUUUUUUGGUCAUCUAUGUUGUUUUUAAUGAUGUUUCUAAAGAUUUUGUAAAGGGAAAAAACACUACAUGAACAGAAAGGAUCUAUAUGAUAUAUAUAUAUAUAGAUACGUUUAAAACUGUAGAUGGAUUUCACUGAAAGGCUACCCUUUAAAAGGGCAAAAUACAGAAAAAAGAAAGGUACAUCACCAUGCAGUGUGCUCUCUCAUUCUGUUGUAUUGUGGAAAUCAUUCAACAGGAAUAUCGACUACCUGCUCAGAAGCUACAGAUGGAAGAUCUACAAUGGAACCAUGAUCCCUGUGCCAUUAUUGAAAAGGCAGAGAAAUGGAGAUGAACACCAUAAAAUGGAAACUUCCUCUUAACUGCCGUUAUUGCCACAAAGGGAAAAAAAGACACUUCUGUUAUUUAGCUGUUUGAAGUACCUGAAGCAAUUACAAAAAAAAAAAAAAAACACCACCACCACACGUCUUCUCUCCUAAAUAGUAAUCUCGUUGACCGUGUUGACUUUGUAAUGAAGAUUUCCUUUGCUUCCAGUCACCAUGGGAAAAAAGACCAUUAUUCUUUUUACAGACAUUACAACCUGCCAAAUAGGACAUCGUUCUGUCCUACCUCAUAGCCCGUAGAUCCUUCUGUACAUAUCAGAUGCACUUGACAUUGGGACGACAUCAUUGUAGUCACGAAGCGCGUGACUUUUCAUUCAGGCAAUGAUGGGGUUAAUAUGAUCGUUCAUUUUGUGAUUUAUUUUUUUUUCUCCCCUGUUUUUGAAAUCAAAUGUUUGUUUGUUGUGGAUUUUAAUAAUUUAGGACAUGAAACAUCAUAUAUUGAUUCCCUUCAAAUAUGUAGAGAUAAAGGAAA